UUUUUUAAAGCAGCUUUGGAUAAAUUUAGGGACCGUUAUAUACCACCAUUUGGACUCCUAAGUCAUAAAAACCUUUAAUGCGUAAAUUUGUAUACGAAUUUAAGUUGCUAUAUGAAGUGUGAUUCUGUGAAGUUGAAAGUGGCGUAGAACCUGAAAUCUCCCAUGGAGAUCACAUCAGCUUUCCCGAAACCUCCAUUACAUGCAUAUAUCAACACCUUUGCUUCAAGAACAUGCAUCAGCUCCGUUAACUGCCUUCUUCAACAACAUACAUCAACUGGGCAAAACUCCGCUCGCCUCUCUAACCCGCCCAAUCGAAUUCAAUUGCCUCUGCAAAGACCCAAUCGGCGCCCACCCAAGAAAACUGAAAUCACAUCCCCUUCAAGCUCCGACAUUUUGCGCUUGAUGGAUAGCCUGGGCGUUCCCCUGACGGCGGACGUGUAUGUUUCUCUCAUCAAAGAAUGCACUGCCGCUCGUGAAGCUUCCGGAGCUGUCGAGCUCUACGGUCAUAUCGCCAGAACCGGGGCGAGCCUUAGUUUGGGCGUAGUUAACCGGGUGUUGCUGAUGUUCGUGUCGUGUGGAUGUUUGGACGAUGCGCGCCAGGUGUUCGAGAAAAUGCGAGUUAGGAAUUCUAAGUCUUGGGCUGUGAUGAUUGCGGGUUGUGUUGAGAGCGGCGAGUUUGAACAAGCGAUGGAUUUGUUUGUGGAAAUGAGGCGAGAAGACAGCAAUGGAGGUGAGUGGGAUGAUAUCGUGGCUAAUGGGAUAGUGAUUUGCGCUCUGAAGGCUUGUGUAGGAACGAUGAACUUGGAACUUGGGAAGCAGAUACACGGGUGGUCAUUGAAGUUAGGACAUGGUGAAAACGUGGCUUUGAAUAGUUUUCUGAUCAAGUUUUACGGGGAAUUUGGUUGUUUUGAUGAUGCUGAUAAUGUGUUCGAUCAAAUGCCAAACCGAAAUACAGUUGUUUGGACAGCGAAGAUUGUUAAUUCAUCUAACACGGGGAAGUAUGACGAGGCUAUAAAUUUGUUCAAGGAAAUGGGGAGAGUGGGAGUAAAGAAAAACAGCUUUACUUUUUCGAGUGUUCUUAAAGCUUCUGGGAAAAUGAGGGACGGGGGAGGCUGUGGUCGUCAACUUCACGCGAAUGGCAUCAAGUUGGGACUUGAUACUGAUGAUCAUGUGCUGUGUAGCUUGAUUGAUAUGUAUGGAAAAUAUGGGUUGGUAAUGGAUGGGAGGACAGUGUUUGACAUGGUUAGUGAUAAAAGAAAUGUUGCCUUGUGGAAUGCACUGCUUAAUGGUUGCAUAAAACAUGGUUUUUCCGUUGAAGGUAUUAAGAUUAUUAAAGAGAUGAAGAGAGCUGGGUUACGACCUCAUGAAUCAUUUGUAAAUGAAGUGUUGUUGCUUUGUGGAAGCAGUAAACGUCUGGCUGAUGAGAUUGGUAUGUAAGAUUUGGAACAUCAUAGAC